GCUUGUUAUGUCUGAAGGAUGAUGGAUAAGGGGACUGUCGACGUUUCAGAAGGGGGGAAACUGCGCCUCCGGGGUGGUCAGGGCCGGCAAUGGCGGAGGUGGAGCAGAGAAGAGGAGCUAGGGCGGUCAGGCCAAUCGACCAUGGUGAUGGGGACACCAUACUGAAAGGAAGGCGCGCUGCUUCCUUCCUCCAAUGGAUUCUCGUUGCCUUCUUCCUCUCCACGAUCUUGUCCAUGGCGGUGUCGCGGCGGGGAUGGCUCCAGUUGGACGCGGCGGAUUGGACAGCGGUCGCGCCGGCGCUCGUGGGGACGAUAGUUCAGGACUGCCGAGUAGAGUUGACGAAAUUUUGCGGGGAUGUACGGCGACGUGCCCCUAGGGGAUCGCCGCCGGAAGCGCGCGACCUCGUUGGCCGCCAUGGCGCCGGCGUAAUAUUUUACAUAUUACCUAGCCCCUAAUUUGGAUCGCGAUUAUCGAUCCGAUAAUUUUCAUAUAAUUAGGAUCUCGCGAUCCGAUAUUUAAAAAAAAAACACCUCUAAUUUGGAUCGUGAUAAGCCCUCUUCUUCCUUCACUAUUUCUGGGAGAUUACCCCACCAUUGGGUUUCUUGAGCUGCUCCGCCAACGCCGACGGCCGCGCACCUUCCCGUCCACUGGGAGUAGCACGAGGUCGAGGCCAUCCACCUCCGCAACCGACAGUAUGCCGCAGAGCUGAGCGCGCAGCGAAAUGCUUUCGCCGCGCGCCGGGCCGCCGCCGCCAUGCCCGCGCACCCACUCCACCUACGCGCUCGCGCAGCUGCACGCCGCGCUCGCCAAGUCGGGGCUCUCCACCAGCUCCGCGACGCCGGCCUCCGCCGCGGCCGCGGCCCGAGCGUGCGCGCGCCUGCGGCACAUCCGCGCCGGCCGCGCCGUCCACGGAGCCUCCACCAAGCUCGCGCUCCUCUCUGGCUCCACUCUGCUCCCCAAUGCCCUCCUCCACCUGUACGCCGCGUCUCCAGGGGAGCACCACCUCCGGCUCGCCCGCCUGCUCUUCGACACCAUGCCGGCAAGGGACGCCGCGUCCUACAACAUCCUCCUCACCGCGCUCGCCGCCCGUGGCCGCGUCGCCGAAGCGCUCGAGUUGUUCGACGAAAUGCCCGAGCCCAGUGUCCGCUCCUGGACGGCGCUCGUCGCCGGGUUCGCGCAGUCCGGCAGGCCAGCUGACGCCUUGCGCGUGUUCAGAGACAUGGAGGGCGCCGGGGUGGCGCCUAACGAGGUGACCGUCGUGGCCGUGCUCGCCGCAUGCGCCGACGUCGGUGACCUGGACCUAGGCCGCAAGGUGCACGGCUACGCCAAACGGCAGGGCUACUCUCGCAACGUGCUGGUCUGCAACGCGGCCAUCGACAUGUACGUCAAGUGCGGGUGCGUCGACGCGGCGAGGGGGGUGUUCGACGCAAUGGACGGCCGGACAGUGGUCUCCUGGUCGGCCAUGAUCUGCGGGCACGCCAUGCACGGCGAGGGAGAUAAAGCGUUGGAGCUCUUUGCGGCGAUGAGGCGGCGUGGCAUGCUGCCGAACGGCGUCACUUUCGUCGGGCUUCUUCACGCUUGCAGCCACAUGGGUCUUGUGGACGAAGGCCGCGCCUUCUUCGAAAGCAUGGAGAAGGACCACGGCAUCGCUCCGGAGAUCGAGCACUGCGGCUGCAUGGUCGACCUCCUCAGCCGCGCCGGCCACCUCCAGGAAGCGCUCGAGUUCAUCAACGGCAUGCCCGUGGAGCCCAACAGCGUGGUAUGGGGAGCGCUCCUGGGAGGCGCGCGGCUGCACAGGAACGUCGAGGUGGGCGAGGAGGCGACCCGGCGGCUCGCCGUGCUGGACCCGGGGAACGACGGCUACUACGUCGUGCUGUCCAACAUCUACGCGGCCGCCGGCCGCUGGGAGGACGUGGCGCGCGUUCGGCGCGCCAUGAAGCUGCGCGGGGUGAAGAAGACGACGGGCUGGAGCGCGAUCUCGGUGGGCGGCACGGUCCACGAGUUCGCCGCCGGCGACUGCGCGCACCCGCAGGCGGCGGCGAUAUGCGAGACCUUGGAUGGGUUGCUGGAGGAGGCGCGGCGGCGAGGGUACGCGCCGGACACGUCGGUCGUGCUGCUGGACAUGGACGACGGCGAGAAGGAGCGCGUCCUGGCCAGGCACAGCGAGAAGCUGGCCGUGGCGUUUGGGCUGAUGGCCACGCCGCCGGGGACCACGCUCCGGGUGAUGAAGAACCUGCGAGUUUGCAGCGAUUGCCACGCCGCGAUGAAGCUGAUCUCGGAGAUUACCCGGAGGGAGAUCGUCGUACGGGACAGGAACCGGUUCCAUUGCUUCAAGAAUGGCAUUUGCUCUUGUAGAGAUUAUUGGUAGUGUCAGACUUGCUACUGCUGAUUGGUUUCAUAGACCUAGAGUUCUAGAGGCAGGCCAAGGGUAAAAUCGUUCAGAGCUAAAGACUACUUAUACAAUGCCAGUUCGCAGCUCUUUGCCAAGAAAACUUUUGAACAUAAAACACAAGAAAACAUUGAGCGAACUUUUUAGCGCCAA